AUGUCCUUUAGUUCUGGUAAUAGUAGGGGUGGCAGUAACACCGGUGGAGGCCACAAUAAUAACAAUAAUAAUAAUAAUGAUAAUAAUAAUAGUAUUAAUUACUACUAUAGUCAUCACAGCAGAGGUAGUAUGAACAGUGGAAGUGGGGCGAGAGGAAGACGGCCGCGAUCUCCAAGUCCUCCUGAUCGUCAUGCAUCACCACAAGAAUAUCAUCACAACCAACAUCAUUACUAUAAUCAACAUUCACAACAACAACAACAACAACAGUAUAUGCAAAGAGGAGGAGGACGUCAUUCACCUCCUCGUCGUCCACCUUAUCGCCGUCGCCGUGAUGAAAUGCCGUACACUAUUCCAAAUAUUGCCCCACGAUUACAAGUACCGCAUGAUUUACCGGUAGAUGUGACUGCCUUUUUAGAUCUCGUGGCUUUUUACGUUGUGCAAGGCGGCCCUACGGCGGAGGAGGAGAUAAUGAAACGUGAGGAGAAUAAUCCCCACUUUGCGUUUCUCCACAAUCCCUGGAAUCAUCCUAUGCAAAUAUAUUACCGUUGGCGACUCUAUUCAUUACUGCAGGGUGAUACUAUGUUGAAGUGGCGUACAGAACCAUUUCAAAUGGAACGUGGAAAUGAUGCGUAUGUGUGGGUGCCGCCACCCGCCAUCUCAAGUGGACCUGAAUCUCUUUUGAAUGUUUUCACACAGGAGGUACCUAAUAACAAGAAUAAUACUAAUAAUACUAAUAAUAGUAGUACCAUCACUAGUAGUAAUAAUAGUACUAUGGAUAUGAAUAGAGAUGCUCGUACUACGAAUACGAAUACUAAUAGUACUACAACUACACACCCCGUUCCAUCGGCGUCGUGGUUAUCACGGAUGUGUGUUUCUGAAGGUGCCUUCUUUGUUACAUUAGGGAAAUCCGCAGUUGUGGAAUGGCAACAGCUACUUCACAUGGAACACCACGUAACAGAGGCCACACGUAGUGGACAAACAUUAGAGGAACGAUUGACUGCCUUAACGGCGGUGUUGCUGGAUCGUGGACUCAUUGCACAACGUAUGGUGUUUGCUGUGGAACACCAACACGCCGCCUUGCAUUUGAUGAGUCUCGCAUUAGAUGAAGUCUUGCGUUUAGCGUAUGAAGCUGCUAGAUCUCUUAGGGAUAUUGGUGUUGGUAGUAAUAACAGUGAAGCGAAUACGAAUAACACCAAGCAGAGUAGCAAUACAAAUAGCGGUAGUGCUCAUCAUAUGAAUAAUACUGGUAAUAUCCCUAAUGAUAAUAAUAAUAGUAGUAAUAAUAGUAAUAAUGUUGGGGAUUGUGCACUUCGAGCAGCUGCACGUUGUUGUAUGUGCCUGUCGUAUCUUUUUACAUUAAACGAUAUUGGAAAGAAUGGAAAUACGGCACCGUUAACAGACGAAGAAGUGGCCCAUUUAGCACCCCUAUGGGAGGGACCCAGUGGUGUUAGUAAUAGUAAUAGUACGAAUACUAAUACUAAUACUAAUAGUAAUAGUAGUAAUACGAAUAUAAAUACUUCUGGAAACCAUUCUAAUCCAAUGAUGUCCACAACAAAGGGAACUACCACCACAUCUCACACAGAUGACUAUACAUCUUCUCUCUCCAGUGGAUUAUUACCAUUACCCUCCCCAUUAAAUCCUGCUGCCUCUUCCUCUUCCUUAUCAUCAUCUACAACGAUAUUAACAACAACAACCGCAACAGCAACAACAGCUGGAGGUGGAGGAGGAGGAGCAUCUCUGCGUUUGUUAAAUCGUGCUCUUGAGAAGAUUAUCCCAACACUCAUUGAGGCCACACUUAUUGUGGCUCUCUGCACAGUCCAACAGUACGGCGCCUUAACAGUUGAUAACGCACAAGAAACAUCCCGGAGUUCCGCCAAACCACCAGGCGCUGAAGAGAUGGAAGGUAUUUUACCAUUAGAUAUUGAUCAGGCGGCUUAUGUACAUGUGCAGGCCAAACUCGCCGCCGCCCGUGCAGCUGUAACAACAACAGGAACAACAACAACAACAGGAAUAAAUACAAAUAUCUCAGCAGCUGUAAUGACUGUGCGAAAGGAAGAUCGUGAUGCGGUUUGUAUGAUUGCACUGUUAUUGAUAUCAUGGCUUAAACAACUCUGUGCGUCUUGGGCGGAGAGUGAUGUCAUUGGAAGCCGUUGUUGGAGUACAUUACUCACAAAGUACGUCUGUCUGCUCUCACAGCCUAUUGAAACUACAUGA